AUGGAAAUCCAGCAGGAGCGCAAGAGAUCCUGGGUUGGAGAAACCUUCUUUAAAAGAGACUGUGUCAGGUUUAUGCCGGCGUCUCAGCAACACCACCGGUGCUAUCCAAAGUGUCAAAUAUGCCAAAGCCUGAUCAGGUGCUGCUGUGGGCGUCUUGUCGGGGAGCACCUCACGCUGGAUCUCAGUGCAUCAGCACAACCCUCAAUUAGAGCUGGGAAGCAUGUAGGUUUGAGUGUGAGCCCCAGUGAACAGCCUUUAGUCAGGAGCAAGGGGUCAGAGGAGUGGUCUGUUGAGUUGUACACCCACGCCAGCCCCACUGAUGCCUUCGGGACGAUUGACUUCCAGGACUGCACCCAUUCGGGUCGUGCCAAGUAUGUCCGGCUGUCCUGCGAUGCCAAACCUGAGCAGCUGCUUCAGUUACUGUUGAUGGAGUGGCAGAUGGAAAUGCCAAAACUGGUCAUUUCUGUUCACGGAGGCAUGGAGAACUUCGACCUACCCAUGAAGAUGAAGCACACAUUUGGAAAGGGUCUGAUCAAGGCUGCAGAAUCAACAGGAGCGUGGAUCUUGACGGAUGGGAUGAACAAAGGAGUAUCACGGCACUUGGGCGAUGCCGUGAAAUUGUAUGGCACCCGUGACUUCCGUAGGAGAUACAUCGUUGGAAUUGUUCCCUGGGGGAUAAUUGAGAACCACAGUGAAUUGAUUGGGAAAGAUGUUGUCCGACCCUACCAGACUCUGGGGAACCCUCUGAGUAAGAGGAUGUCUUUGAACAGUCAGCACUCUCACUUUCUGUUGGUCGACGAUGGCACUGUGGGAAUGCACGGUUGCCAGCUGGAAAUCCGGAGAAAAGUGGAGGGUCAAAUGCGACUGCAGAGGAUUCAUGACAGACUGGAGCAGAGAAUACCUGUCCUGUGCGUGGUUAUGGAUGGUGGCCCUGACCUCAUCUCCCUGGUGCUGGAUUAUGUGAAGAGUGUGCCCCCAAUACCAACAAUUGUAUACGAGGGAACUGGGAGGGCGGCAGAUCUGAUUGCGUUCGUACACAAACAGACCUCGGUUGACAGAAAACUUGAUCCAGAUAUCAAAGAAGACCUUCUGCUUAGGAUUCAGAAGACUUUCAACUUUGGAACGACGCAAGCCAGUAAUACUUUUAAACUUUUGAUGGAAUGCAUAGACUUCAGGGAUUCAAUAACAAUUAUUGAUUCGGAAUCCGAGGACCAGCAAGACUUGGAUACAUCUGUUCUAACAGCAUUACUUAAAGGCACUAAAGCCGCUGCCCCCCAUCAGCUAAGCCUGACGUUAGCAUGGAACAGAGCAGACAUUGCAAAGAAACACAUCCUAGUCUACGGGCAGCAUUGGAAGGUAGGUUCCCUGGAACAGGCCCUGCUUGACGCCUUGGUGAUGGACCGCGUCAGCUUCGUGAAGCUGUUGAUUGAAAAUGGAAUGAACAUGAAUCGCGUCCUCACCAUGUCUCGACUGGAACAGCUCUACAACGCGCAAGAACCAACAAACAAUUUUCUGUAUCAUCUUGUGGAAAAUGUCAAGCAGAGCCACCUCCCUGUGGGAUACAGGAUCUCGCUGAUCGACGUUGGUCUGGUGAUUGAAUAUCUGCUUGGAAGUGCAUAUUGCAGCACCUACACUCGCAAGCAUUUCCGCGCUGUCUACAACAACAUCUCGGGAAAGAGGACGGAGAACAGCAAGGAGAGCCUGAGUCAAUUUAACAGGCUGGGCAAAGUGCCCAGAAUUCAGCCACAAAAGGAGGACAAUGUGCAGUUCUGCCCUCCUUUCUGCAGGACUGCUCAGCCAUACGGACAUAAGGAAUGUGCCGAUCUUCCCCCGGGACUCAGAACAGAUGACAAAACUGAGCAGAGCGAGAACUUAACAUUUGUAUACAGCUUCAGCGACCUGUUUGCGUGGGCGGUACUGAUGAGGCGCCAGGAGAUGGCGCUGUUUCUGUGGCAGCACGGCGAGGAGGUUAUGGCCAAAGCAGUGGUGGCCUGCAAACUGUACCGCUCUAUGGCACAUGAAGCCAGGGUGAUGAACAUGGGGGACAACACUGAAGAGGAGCUGAAGAAUUACUCUCUAGAGUUUGGUCAAUUAGCUGUGGACCUUUUGGACACUGCCUUCAGACAGAAUGAGAGGAUGGCAAUGAAACUGCUGACCUACGAGAUGAAGGACUUCAGUAACUUCACCUGCCUGCAGAUGGCAGCGUCGUCGGGGUUGCAGUCCUUUGUGUCACACAGUUGCACCCAGAUGUUACUGACAGACCUGUGGAUGGGCCGUCUCAACAUGAGGAAAAACUCCUGGUUUAAGAUUAUACUGAGCAUCCUGUUGCCCCCGGCCAUCUUGAUGCUGGAGUUCAAGAGCCAGGCUGAGAUGUCACAUAUCCCACAGACUUAUGACCAUCCUCAGCCGUGCCAUGAGACUGGGACUCAAGGAGAUAGAGACACUGGAAUGGCGGGCAUGAUACAUUGGACAAGAAAGGUCUUUGAGUUUUACAAUGCCCCGGUUGUUAAAUUCUGGUUUCAUACGAUAGCUUACUUAGCCUUUCUCAUGCUGUAUUCCUACACUGUGCUGGUGAAAAUGGAGCCUGAACCCACUGUCCAAGAAUGGAUAGUAAUCAUUUGCAUCUUUGCCACUGCCAUUGAAAAAAUAAGAGAGGUCUUCAUAUCUGAGCCAAGGAAGUUGAGCAAGAAGCUUGAGGUGUGGUGUAGUGAGUACUGGAACAUCUCAGAUUUCACGGCUAUCAUCUUGUUUUUCAUUGGGUUUGGAUUGCGAUGGCAUGACCCUCCCUUGAGAACAGCAGGCCGCAUUGCUUACUGCUUGGACAUCAUCUUCUGGUAUCUCAGGCUUUUGGACCUAUUUACAGUCCACCAACAUGUAGGACCAUAUGUAACAAUGAUCAUAAAGAUGACAACCGACAUGUUUUACAUCGUGAUAAUGAUGGCCAUCGUGCUAGUCACCUUUGGGGUGUCCAGAAAAGCCAUCCUGUCUCCAAAUGAAACUCCAUCCUGGUCUCUGGCCAAAGAUGUGGUUUUCCAGCCAUACUGGAUGAUCUUUGGGGAGGUGUACGCUGGGGAGAUUGAUGUGUGUGUGGAAGACAAGCCGUGUGUCCCUGGUGCUUUCAUAACUCCAUUUCUGCAAGCAGUGUACCUUUUUGUUCAGUAUAUCAUCAUGGUCAAUACCCUGAUAGCGUUAUUCAACAAUGUGUACCUGAACAUGAAAAGCAUAUCGGACAAAAUCUGGAAAUACAACCGCUACCGUUACAUCUUGACCUAUCAGGAGAAGCCUUGGCUGCCGCCGCCCUUCAUUGUGUUAAGUCACAUAAGCAUGUGCAUCUGCUCGAUUUACAGGAAUCGGACCAGUAGAUCCCAGCAAGAAAAUCAGUCUGGCCUGAAGCUUUACUUGAAUCCAGAGGACCUAAAGAAGCUCCAUGACUUUGAGGAGAAUUGUGUUAUUGGGUAUUUUCACAAGAAGAAUGAACAUCUAGUUUGCAGUGUAACUAACAGGAUCAAAUCUACAUCAGAGAAGGUUGAGGAGAUGACUGGAGAGCUGCGAGAGGUAGCUGAGAAGGUCCACUGUAUCAAAGAUACCCUGCAGGCUUUGGAUAGUCAGCUUGGUCGACUGCAGGACUUGUCAGCCCUGGCAGUGGACACCUUGUCUGUCAUCUCAGCGAAGGACACACGGCAGGUGAAGCAAGCCCUGGUAGGUCAGAGGUGGCCUGUGGGGAACAUCUGCCAGAAGCUUCCACACAGCUGGAGCCACCUUCAUUUGGCAGCCGGCAUUGAUGACUUUUACCCCAAGCUGCAGAAGCAGUAUCGCAGCACUCCGUCAUCGCUAUUACGCUGCCCUGCCCACAGUCGCAGGCCAUCUCUGGACCGGAGGGACUGGAACCCUGUGGUCUCAGAAUUUUUGGGUGAAGGAAAUUCCAAUAUUUCCCGCUUCCAGAGGCCAGUUACCAGUCCUCAGCCUACUUGUCUGUCUCCUCCAUUGGGAAACAAAGAGAGGACACCUUGUCGAUCAUCCCAGACUUUCCAACCUUUAUUCGGCGGUGAGUUUGGAGAAGCCUUCUACAACGAACUCGGAAUCCAUGAGUCACAUCUGGCCCUAGGUCAUGGGGACUCUGUGGAGGAGGACGGAGAAUACGAAGAAUGUGAAUCAAGUCCUGAUUUUGACACGUCCCCUUCCUCCAGUGAUGCAUCCCCCUUACAGGACUCCGAAAGCCAAGGGCCAGACGGAGACGAGCAGCGCUUGAGACACUGCUGCUCUCUUUCUGCCAGUCCUGAAACUACGAGGCAUACGCACUGGCUCAGGUACUCCUCCAUUCCGGCGUGUCACGGUCAGUCGAAGAGACACAGCUUGGUGGGGAGUCACAGCCGCAGGGCCAGGAGAGCCAGCAGCCUCUUCAGCUUCGCCCAGCACAGAGGAUUAUCAAAAUCAUCUGAACUACAUCUAUUGAAGAGACAAAGGAGCAAAAUGAAAACGCGAAACCGAAAGACUGUGAAGAUUCUGGAGGGCAGCAGCAACACGCCUGUGAGACUGAGUGAUGGCUGCAUUCCCCAUUCCUACAUGAUUUUGGACUCUUGUUGCCGGAGAAAGCGCCGAGAAGGGAAUUCCCUUUACAAGAACUGGUCUGCGUCUGCUAGCCUAACACACCUGAAUUUUGAGCCAAUGGAUUUGCCUCUCAGAUGUUCAUUUUCAUGCCAGGUGUCUUUGCGUGCCAGUCCAUAUGUGCAGAACAGCCUGGCAAAGUCAGUCAGCCGCACAUCUUUGGUUCAGAAUGGCACUUGGGCGGAUGUGAAGAACCUUUCCUUUCCUACUGCCGAAGAUCUACGUCCUCAUUAUUCAGCGGUGGAGAGGAAUAACUUAAUGAGACUCGCUUACACAAUACCGUUCACUCCUGUCUCUCUUCUUGGCGGUGAAGAAGUGAGUGUUUACAGCCUGGAGGAGGCCGCAGAGAGCGAGGAAGGCAUUAACUCGUGGUCCCAGCGUGGCUUCUCAGCCCUGCUGCAGCCUUUGUCCUGUGAAGGACUGCAUGGAGGUUUGCGAAGAGCUAUGCGUGUUGUCUGCACCUGGGCUGAGGGGGACAUAUUGAAGCCUGGGAACAUCUAUAUCGUCAAAACCUUCCGCCCAGAGGUGGUGAAGACCUGGCAGAGUGUCUUCCGCAGCAACACUCUUCUUCAGCUCUGCCUCAGGGAAGUCCAGCAACAGCAGGCUGCACAGAAACUCAUGCACAUAUUCAACAAAAUAAAACCCUGUGUUAUCCCGUAUUCUCUGAGGUUUCUUGAUGUGUCUCUUUUGUACUGGUGUUCGGAAGACAAGUGGUUCACCAUUGAAAGGUACAUAACCGGAGAUUUUCAGAAGUACAACAACAACAAUAGUGAAGAAAUAUCCCCCAGCACUUUUCUGGAAGAGAACAUCCUGGCUUUCUCUCACUGGACAUACCAGUUCUCCCGAGGGGACCUUCUCGUUCUCGAUCUGCAAGGUGUUGGGGUGGAACUGACAGAUCCAUCUGUCAUCAGAUCGGAUGAUAAAAGUGCGCCUUGCGACAUGGCGUUUGGCCCUGCCAACCUCGGAAAUGGUGCUAUCCGGAGCUUCAUCGAGAACCACGCUUGCAACUCCUGUUGCAGAAAGCUUCAACUCUCAGACUUGAAGAGGAGUAACACCAUCGGAGGGGAGAUAAAUUUUGCUUUUGAAGAAGAAAUUGACAUGAUUGUGACUCGGCUCUGACUGGGCUCCAAUGAAAAUUAUAUAUAUAUAAUUAAUCAUUUUUUUUUUCCCCCAAAAACAGCUUAGAUAACUUAGGUUCCUUGAACAGACUUGGAUAUUUUUUUACUGUAGAAAAGUAAAAAAAAAAAAAACAUUCACAGUAGAUCUUUGAUCAGUUGACCUCCAUUUCAAGAAACAUUGGGUUCUUUGUUAUAUUGAUUGACUUAAUGUUCUGUAACAACAUUACCAUCGCUAGAAGGGCAAGUAACAUAUUUUGCAUUGGUGUUGUUUUAUAGCUUUGUUAUGUUAAAUGUGAAAUCAACUUACCCUAGUACCCUAUACUACAAAAUAUGAUUUGUACAUCGUGCCCGUAGCUUCUGGGAUGGGCUCCGGAGCCCCCGUGACCCAGAAGGAUAAGCGGUUUGGAAAAUGGAUGGAUGAUUUGUACAGACCAGUAAUAGCAUGUUAGUUUUUCAUCCAUCCAUCCAUCCAUCCAUCCAUCCAUCCAUCCAACCAACCAACCAAUCAUCUAUCUUCUAUCCCCUUUUCCUGGUCAGGACCAUGAAGAAUAAUCAUUUAAAAAAAUAUCUAAAUAGUCAAUUUAAAAAUCCUUUCUGUAGACAUAUACAUUUCCACCGUAUGUCAAGGAUUUUAUGCACUUUAUUUCUUAGCAUCAAAGGAGCAAAAACAAACAUUGAUUGUCAUAUACAGCAAACAUUCAGAAUAUUCUGUACAUUAUAAAAUGAAUUCUAACAGCAUUGAACUACAUCUUUAAGAACUUUAUUUUACAUUCUAAUGUAAUGUAAAACAGUAGAUGCUUUACAUAAUUUUGUAUUUACAAUUACGAACAAUAAAUUCUUACCUUUCA